CAAUCAAACAUCAGCACUAUCUUCCUCAUUGAACGAUCAAGCUCCCUCCUUUCACCUUACAGGACCAAAUACUUGUCCCAAACAUGCUGCAGCUCCGCCUGAAGAUCACACAACUCCACCCAAUCAACCCUGUUCGUUUGUUCUCCACGCUUGAUCUUUCUACCGCCGAUCCCUCCUCCCCACUUCUCCAAUUGUACACCGUCACGCCUCCAAUCAAACCCUGGCCCCGGCGCCUCUACCCCAAGCGCCUUGUCUCCAUGAUCUCCCGCCAGCAAAAUCUCGAUCUUGCACUUCAAAUCUUCCUCUAUGCCGGAAAAUUCCACCCCGGAUUUUCCCAUAAUUAUGACACUUACCACUCCAUUAUCCUCAAGCUCUCUCGCGCCCGCGCUUUUCAGCCCAUGGAAUCUCUCCUCUCCCAACUCCAGAGUGACCGACAAAUCACUUGUGGUGAAAAUUUAUUCAUUGCCGUAAUUCGCUACUAUGGGCUAGCAGGUCGCCCUCGAUUGGCUCUCAAAACAUUCUUGCGAAUCCAAAACUUCGGUGUUCAGCGUUCAGUGAGAUCACUAAACACAUUGUUGAACGCUUUGGUUCAGAACAAGAGAUACGAUUUGGUUCACGUUAUGUUUAGGAGCUGCAAAGAUAAGUUCAAUGUUGUACCCAAUGUGUUCACUUGUAAUAUUUUGCUCAAGGCUCUGUGCAAGAAAAACGACGUCGAAGGUGCCCUCAAAGUGUUAGACGAAAUGCCAACGAUGUCAAUGGUGCCAAACCUUGUUAGUUACACCACGAUUCUCGGUGGGUAUGUUGCAAGAGGCGACAUGGAAGGUGCUAAGAGGAUUUUUAGGGAGGUUUUUGAUCGAGGUUGGCUGCCUGAUGCGACAAUAUAUACGGUUUUGAUGGAUGGGUAUUGUAAGCUAGGGAGAUUCGUUCAUGCAGUUAGGGUAAUGGAUGAUAUGGAGGAGAAUGGUGUUGAGCCAAAUGAAGUCACUUAUGGAGUCAUGAUUGAAGCUCUUUGCAAGGAAAAGAAAUCCGGUGAAGCCUGCAACAUGAUGAACGAUAUGCUUGAGAAGAAAUGUAUACCAAGUUCCACGCUUUGUUGUAAGGUGAUUGAUGCAUUGUGUGAAGACGGGAAGGUGGAGGAUGCUUGUGGGUUGUGGAGGAGAAUGUUGAAGAAAAAUUGCAUGCCUGAUAACGCCAUCUUGAGCUCACUCAUACACUGGCUUUGUAAAGAGGGGGAUGUUUGGGAGGCUAGGAAGUUGUUUGAUGAGUUUGAGAAGAGUUCUAUUCCAAGUCUUUUGACCUAUAAUACAUUAAUUGCAGGAAUGUGUGAGAGAGGAGAAUUGAGUGAAGCAGGGAAGUUGUGGGAUGACAUGGUGGAGAAAAGCUGUGCUCCUAAUGCAUUCACAUAUAACAUGUUCAUUAAGGGAUUUUGUAAGAUCGGAAACGUGAAGGAAGGCAUUAAGAUUUUAGAGGAGAUGUUAGAUAAAGGAUGUAUUCCAGACAAGUGGACAUACUCUUUGUUGAUCGAUGGCUUGUGUAAGUUGGGGAAAGAAGGAGACGUCACUAAGGUUAUUUCACUGGCAAUGUCAAGUAGACAAGUUGAUAGGGAGUCCUGGAAUCUUUUCUUUACCAAGGCUGUCGGAAAGCUGGAUACUGGGGUGGGCAUUUUUGAUGAAUUAUUGUUGGAACACGCUGCUGCUUAAAGACCUGUGGCCUUCAUAGCUUUAGACCAUGCAGAGGACUGAAACUUAGAUGUGAAUUUUAAGAGGAUUAAUUCCUAAGAGGCUAUUGGUUGUCCUUUGGAAAGGGGUGCAUGAGUGAAACAUCUCCGAGGUGUCCUUCAAUUCAUGGGGUCUGAUUAGCCACAGAGUUCACGUUGCGAGGACUAAAGUCCUGAAUUUCUGGGUCUCUUUAGGAGGAUGGCUUUGAUUUGUGACCAUCUAUGGCUAAAUAAGAGAAAAUUACAAGCCCCAAGAAGUGCCAUAUUAUCGGUUUGAACAGUAAAUUUUCCCAGUUGCCUUUGAGAAGGCCAUAACACAUUCUGUAGCUCCGUGCAUGAUUUUGUCAUCUUGAAUAGUGCAGUGCAUAAGUUUAGGAUCUGGAGUUAUUAUUUCAGAUAUUGUUGUAGAGCACAGCCAGAUGAUUACUUCAUAUUCGGAGAACAAGGACUAUUAUUUUCACAAGUUAAUAACAGAAGCAAAAUCUGCAAAUUAGCUAUUUCUAGAAACAGACUAUGUAGAUUACCUUCUAACCAGGUGCCAGACUCCCACAUUUUCUGAAGCGUGAGAGGACUAGCCCUUCAUUUCAGCAUUAAAAAAGGACAUAUCUCAUCUGGGAAGCUAAAGAGUGCUGAUUAAUUCUCUGAUUGGCAGCUGAUCAAGUAUUCACUCUGGUGUACGACUGUUGCAGUCCAGUAUUCUGUACCUGAGAUUAUGUAAAUUAUAUUUAUGCUUUUGUUGUAUAGACUUUAGAUAUUAUUGCUGGGUGAAACACUAGUAGAGAAUCUGCCUUAAACCAUUAUUUUUUGUCAGAAUCAAAUUCUUUGCUAUUGUCUAUGUCACUUUGAUAACAUCUGUGUGGAAGAUUUUCUUUGAGAAUUCAACAUCUUGUCAAAAUAUAGUAUGGAA